UUACAAUGGCAAGAUGACAACAGCUCGUAAAUUAACAUUAUACACAGACCUGUUUUAAAAUAGCUAUACACACUAGACAGAUGAAAGCUAUUUAUUAUCAAGAUUCUGUAGACGUUCAUGGACAAUUAAUCAUUAAUAUGAUGAUAUGUCAUUAUAUAACGCUCAUCAAAUUGAUGAUCAUCUUCUCGCAAUAUCCGCCUUGUCUCUCCCGGAGUCACCACAAUAAGUCACGCCAAGGCACGACUAGUCAAUGUCAGGAACCGGACUUGAACGAAGUUCAUCAGUCUUUGCCCAGUGAUCUCCACGACAGCUUUUCUCUGAUUAAACCUUUCGUGGGCUCCGUGGUGACCCUGUCGGACGUUCCCCGCCAGUACGUCAACAUUCUCAUAAAGACACUAGACGACACUCGAAGCUGUGCCGUGUUACAGAACCUCGCAAAGAGAGAAGCCGGGCCCAUGUGUCCUACAUACCACGUGCUCAACUUCGACGAAAACCGGAAGCCGAAGUCUCUGGUGGAGACGAGGUGUAGCUGCAAGAAUUGCCCCGACCCCAACGUCCCCCACAAAACGUCCACCCUUCUGGCAUGCCAACCGAUUAUAUACUACACCCGCGUGUUGCGAAGAUUCGACUGUCGUGACGGAAUAUACGUCUACCAAACCUCGUGGGAACCUCUGCAGGUGGGAUGCACGUGCAACUUCCCGCAAUUCCGGCGAAGCAGCAACACGAUUUGAUACUCAUGGUUCCGUUGGUAAUUAAAUGUCCAAGUCACAAACAGACAAUGUCUCUAUCCGCAUUGGAAUUAAAAUCAGAUGUACCAUAUACCAAAUCUGUAACUGAUUCAAAAUAUUCUGAGGUAUUUGAUGUGUUCUGCGUAUGAAGCCAAAACGAUUGUGGCACGAUGUCCCACCGCGGACAUUAAAUACAGAAAAGUAAUGCGGUAUGUGGGAUAGGGGUGGAGUAAAUCAAUUAUUUUUUGCUCAUUGAGAUAUGAGAGAAUUUAUAUUCUUGUAAGAUCAUUUUGACGAUACUUUUAAAAGAUCCGAAAUAAGAUUUAAAACACGAUGGACGCCAAUUUGACAAAAGCCAGGAAAUUAGUUUUUAAAGAUGAGCUGGCAGGAGAAAUUAAAACACUAUUUUGUGUCCAAAAGUGAUGUCCGGCUUCAAAAUGCUUGUAUAUGCAAACCAAGUACAUUUGAAUUAAAAACAAGAGUUGUAAGGAUUUCAACUGCAUCGUGUUUUGAAUCCUAUUGGAUCUGUACUGUAACUUACUGAUGUAAGAUUAGUGGGCGUUAUAUGCCUUCCAUUGCACUAUUAUAGCAUUAUUACUAAUAUUAAAAUAAAUAUUCAACUUCAGUCCCCCUCCCCCCAGUUUCUCAAUAAUGGGAUUAUAUACUAUAUUCUUGUAUUGAAUGGUGAUUUAAAUAUAUGAUUAUAUGAUUACUAGCAAUACUCCUCCUCCUCCUACUACUACUACUACUACUACUACUAUUACUACUACUACUACUACU